AUGCCUUCAUCGAAUACUCUUCUGUCUCAAGCUAAACAACAUGGUUCUGAAUUUGUCGUUAAAGUCAAUCAUCGUAUGUUAAUCGAUAAAAUACUCGCUCGAUAUUCGUCGGAUUUUGUUGUCUGCCGAGAGCUCAUUCAAAAUGCUGAUGAUGCUAAAGCAACUUCAUUUUGCUUCGAACUUUCAUGCGAAUCAAAUGGUUUAAGAAGAGAAACAUUGCACAAUAGCAUUAUUACGGAAAUUCGUGCAGUUAAUAAUGGAGAAAUCUUUACGGAAACUGAUUGGGAAAGGAUAGCAUCGAUUGCAGAGGGCAAUACAAAUAUUGAAUCAGUGGGACAAUUUGGUGUUGGAUUUUUUUCAGUUUUUUCGUUUUCAGAAGAGCCAAUCAUUGUAUCAGGUGAGCAAUGUAUGGCAUUUACUUGGCGCAAUGAUUCAUUGACAACAUAUCGCUGUGAAUUAGCCAGCGUAGAACAUUCUAAUUUGACUUCGAUUAUUCUAAAAAUGCGAAUGCUCUCAUUUACAACUCACAUCAAUGAAAUUUCGAUAAAAAUCAACGGUUCAAUUGUAUUUCAAGUUAAUAAAAAGAAGAAAAAAAUCGUUUCAUUAACAGAAGAAACAUCGACAUUCAAUAUAAAAUCAAUAUCUAAUAUGCUUCUUCUCAACUCGUUCAUACAAACCGAACAAACAUUUUCCAUUGCCAACGGUCCAUCAAUGACUUUGAUACAUAUUGAUGUUAAUGCAAAACUAAAUAUCGAUGAAGAAUUUCACAAUCAAAUUAGACCAAUCUUGAAGAAAAGUCUUCCAUCGAAUAUGCGAAUUCAAUUAUUAUAUACAUCGAGCGAUAUUGUUUCUAAACUACGAUCCAUCUCAUUGGAUAAUGUCGAACUUGAAACUCAAAUUCUUAACUCAUUAUUACCUCUUAAUUAUCAUGAAAAUCAAAUUAUUCCAUCUGGUCUUGUCUUCAUUGGUCUUGGAACACAUCAAACAACAGGCCUUGGAAUGCAUAUCUUUAAUCAUCUAGUUCCUACAGUAGAACGUGAAAAUCUAGAUAUGCAAGAUCCACAUUUAGAAAAAUGGAAUAAAGAAGUUCUUGCAGCAAUGGGACAAGUAGUUCGUUUUAUUUAUGAUCAAUUAAUGUCUUGCCCUCCUCAAUGGGUUUUUGCGUCCCACGAAAAUGUUCUGGUACCUGUAAAACAACAAUCAUUAGCUUCACGAUUGACUCUUUUACCAUCAUCAGAAGCUUUUCUUGCUUACUCAAAGUAUAUCCAUUCAUUUCUUUCACUUCCACUUGUUCCACUUGAAAUUUCAAACAAUGGAUUGUUUAAUGAACUUAAGCUAGUUAAAUUAAUACAAGAAGUCAACUUUGAUGUUAUCCAGCAUACUAUACAAACGCGUAUUCUUUUAUUAAAUGAAUUUAUUGAAUUAUUGCAUUGGUUAUGUAGUACUGAAGUUAACAAGAAUAAAGAUUUUAUUGAAAGUAUCUUUUCAAGUAUUCAUUUUCGCGAUAACGAUAAUUCACCAGUUAUCACCUUAGAAAGAAUCAAACAUUACGAUAAAAUUUAUCCAUCACCGCUUUUACCUUUACCAUCGAAUGUUAUACCUUCUAGAAUAGCUAGUCAUAUUUCAAAUGAAAAUUUUAAUAAACAUUUAUUACUAAUACCGUUAACAUUUAAUGAUCUAUUAAAUUUCUUUUUUCCUGAUGAUCAAAAAUUUCUUUUAACUGAUCAAAAUAAAGUUGUAUAUCUAUUCAAUUUAAUUUCAAGGCAUUGGAAUAAUAUUCGACAGUCUACAAAAAGAUCAAAUGAAAGAUAUAUUAUCAAAAAUUGA